UCCUCAGUUUACCGCGAGCCGAUGGACGCGACGCGCGCGCGACUCCAUCUUUGACUUUGGCUCGCUCCAUCUGGUUUCAAUCGUCGCGCGAUUUUCUCCACUUCUCUCAAUCCCUCUCUUUCUCUCUCUCUCUCUCUCUCUCAGUUUGGCGAUCGACGAGAUGCUAAUCGAUCCGACUCCAUCUCGAGCGAAAACGAUUCGCGAACGCAUCCGCAAGGCAAAGUAAGUAAGUAAGAUUGUCAUGAUGCCUCCACCGAUCCAACGCCGCUGAUCGAAACAACCGGACUGACUAAUCUAAUCGUGCGGCUACCGAAGAAUGAACGCGAACCGGCAGGCUGUCGUUGUUAAUCGGCUGUUGGUCGUGGGCACGCUCGCGAUCGGCGCCGCAGUCGCCGGCCUGAGCCCGCUGGGGGCCGAGUGCGGCGAGAGACGCUGCUCCACCGUCGAGUACUGCAGCCCCUACGACAAACGUUGCAAGCCGUGCUCCUCCAUCUGCGACGCCAACGGCCGCAACUAUCAGCAAGACGAAUGCUUCAAAGAUUGUCAAGAGUAUCUCCACGACAAACGAUACGUUCUCCUGAAGCAGUACGAGGACCUGCGAGGAGAGGUGGAACGACUGUGGAUCCUGGUCGCGAUAUGCGUCGCGGUAGCCUUCUCGUCUCUUCUGGCGAGUCUCUACCUGCUUGCGCAGAGGUUUACGCGAUGGGAGAAGAUGCGGACCACCCUGGGCAGAGCUUUCGCCGGCAAACGGAGAAAGGGGACGUCGAACGUGAACGACGCCAACGAGAACAACAACGAUCGAUGCAAGACGUCGUCGCUUCGGGACGCAGAGUCUGGCACGUCGAGGCAGCACAACGGACUCAAGCUGACCAUGUCGACGAUAAGCGCCAGCGUGGCGCCUUCUCGGUACUCGGUGAACGAGACGACGACGACGACGACGACGAACCGUGGCAACGACGUGGCGAGUGGCAGCGCGAGUGGAAGCGGAAGCGGAAGCGGAAGCGGAACCGGAACCGGUAAUGCCACGCCAAACACCACCACCACCACCCUGUCGAGGAGGCACCCGAGCGAGGACACCACUCUCGACUACGCUUACGACAAUCCAGCAAUGACGCCCAGUCCGGAGGUCGUUCAGCACAGAACGAAGCGCGAGAGCUCCUUUUGAGCUGGCUUCGCGACACUUUGAGUCUCGGAGACUCUGUACAUACAUAACGAGGGCUGUCCCAAAACUAUCCGACCUAUGCUCGUACUUUAAAACAUACCUGUUCCCGGCGGUAAUUUCCACGACGUCACCUUCAAAGUCAGGUCCCCUUCGACUCUACGACUUGAUUGCCGCGGUCGAACUACGACUUGAAGCAGUCCUGCAAGCAAGUACUUUUCAUUUACGGCCAGCUGCUGCUGCGUGGCGUUUUGUUUUAUCGCUUCGAAUUCAACGGUUUUCUCAGUAUUUUGGGAUAAUAAUAAUAAUCAAAAAUGCAGAUCCGGAUUGUACCGAAGCUGAAGAACGCCGUGCUUUACUAACAAGGAGAGGUCACAGCUGUUGGAUCGUCGAUUUUAAUGAAAUUUGGUCUGUCGAUUUUAAAGUAAAAAUAAUUUGACCGUGUCCAAGCAUUUCCGUUAAUACUCAUUAUUUACAGAGAUAUUUAAUGUUUUAAUCUUCUAUCGCAGCUACACAUGCUUCUUUUCUUAAAGUUGGAUGCAGUGAUGUAGUAGCGAAGCUGUAGUGUAAUAUAUUCAUACCUGGAAGUUUUAGAAGUUCGAAUCCUGCCACGGAAGAACUUUUUUUGUAUUAUCUCUAUUUUUGUUUUCUUUCUUUUCUUUGUCUUUUUCAUGUAAAAUACUGUGUUUUAUAUUUUUAUAAUGUCCCUAGUUAUAUCGCUAUUAUUACAAUUUUAUAAUGUGCCUAUUAUAGAA